UCCAAGGGAAGAGAGAACAUCUGUUUGCAUAUAUUUAAUAAACUUUUGUAAUUAAGUAUAAGUUUGAGAACAAUCACAAAAGUAAUAUUUCUCUGUUUUGUUUUUUACUCCAUAUUUGAUAUAAAAUAAAUAGUUUUGUGCUUUUUCACUUCAAUCUCUUGUGAGGCAAAUCAAUUGUAUUAAUUUUUGUUGUUUAUUUCAUAAAUGAAUAAUUUGUUGAUUAAUACAAAAUGACUCCAUCCUCUCUCAUCAGCACAUGUCAAACAGUAUAGGUUCACUCUUGAUCACGUGAUCACAGCACAUAACACAGUGUGUGUGUGUUUCCCUGUCAGGGCCUUAAGAACAUAGAAGGACUGAUGGAGUUCACAGCCUGCAGGUUUCUCUGAUGCGUCUGUGCGCACGAACCCGGAUGCACUUUUUCCUCACAUCAUUUCAGUUUUAAACUUUUUUUUUUGUAAAAACACAGUUUACCAGAAAUGGAAGAGUGCUCAGAGGAGCGUAAGAUAUCCGUGUGGGUGUGCCGGGAGGAGAAGCUGGUCCUCGGCUUGUCCAAACACACCACCUGCGCUGAUGUGGUCAAAGUUCUUCUGGAGGAGCAGCAGAGCUCUCGGCGCGGCCUCAGGGCGCAGGCUUACUGCAUUGUGGAGAAAUACGGGGGGUUCGAGAGGAUUUUGCCCAACAAAACAAAGAUCUUGAGGCUGUGGAUGGCGUGGGGAGAAGAGCAGAAAAACGUGAAGUUCGUGCUGGUGAAAAGCGACGCGUCUUUGGAUAACCACGCCGCCCGGAGCGCAGAGGCGCGCGUGGUCCACAGCAAACAGAGCUCCUGCGUGGCCAAAGGGACAUCACGAGCCAUCAUGAGCUGCAUCUCGCCGGAGAAGCAGCGGCGGAUAGUCAGGAAAGCUUUCAGAAAGUUGGAGAAGAUCAACAAGAAGAGGACGCGAGCGGCGCACAGAGACGCGUCCUGCGCGGCGGAGAGGAUGGAGACGCUUGUUCACGUUGUGAUUUCUCAGGACCACACGAUCCGACAGCAGAUCCAGAGGAUAUCAGAGCUGGACACGGAGAUAGAAAGCCGUGAAGCAAAGGUGCAUUUUGACAGAAUCAAAAGGCAUGGAGUUAAUUAUGUGCAGAACACGUAUCUGGAGGCUCCGGGGGUCUCAAACCAAGAGGGAGGCGAGAAGCCUCCAAGUGAAACUCUAGCCAAGUUUGAGGUGUUUGUCCAGCGGUGUGAGGAGGUGCUUAGGCUACAAGAGGAGCUCUGGGAGCAGGAGGCUCUCAUAGAAACGAUCACAGCUCACAUCCAGGAGGAGCUGAACCAGCGCUGGAUGUGGAGGAGGAAAGAGGAGCUGAUGAGGAAGCACCCAGAGCCCAGAGGAGGCUCCCCAUCUCGCUCCUGCUCUGACGCCGAGCCAACACCACCACACGAGCUGUUCCUGGAGGAGGAGAGGAUCAAAACGCAACUGGAUGCAAGUUUAUACAUUGGUCUGCGACUGAACGCGGAUUUAGAAGCUAUUAGGAGCGAUUUGGAGCUGUCCCAGCAGAUUUGCGCCGCGCGGGAGAGGGAAAUGAGGGAUUUGCUGGAGAAAGUGAGCAGUUUGGAGAUGGAGGAGGGGACAGGCGGCGAGGAGGAGCUCAGAAACGGGACAGAAGAUAAGACCACGACUGACACUUUGGAGGGGAAAAGGGUCUGGGUGGAGAAAGCCAGAUGUCUGUCUAAAGCUCCGAGUGUGAACGACGACGACUCAGACACUGGUCUAAGUUCUCUGCACAGUCAGGAUUCAGACGGCCUCCCAGUUUGGGAAUCACUGGUUUAGGAUUGACUGACUGGUCAGCUCAUCCACAAAAACCAAAAGCCUCAGGGAUCAUCAUCAUGGUGCACAAACAAAAACAUCACCCAAGACAAGUGAACACUUCUGACUAACCUGCUUUGAAGUCAAACGCAUUUAAAAGGUAGUUCUUGUAAUUCUUGUUAGUCUAACAAAGAAAACUUUUGUUGCAACAUGAAAAUAAAUGUUUUUUUAAUAAUUAAAAUACUUCAAUUUCUUUUUCUUUAAGAGAAAUUACAUCUGCAGGCUACAAAAUGGGGGUGGUGGACAUAAUAAAAUCACAGUUUCCACAGUUUCUGCCGUAAUUCACAACUUUUGGACACUAGGGUGAAACUCACACACAAUGCAAAGAGCAGAUUUUUACCAGGCAGGCAUUUAUUGCCCCUCUAAAGACAAUUGGGAAUAAGGUUUGUCUUCUGUGACUCAUUACAUCAUAAUAACGCGCAGGAGUCAAAACAAUUCAAAAAGCCUAAAGAGGAAGUCUCCACAUCCAGAAGUACUGAUGUUUUCCAUAAAUAACGUUCUUAUCAGCUUUUGCAGCUGCGCCUGAAGAAAAUCACAGCUGAACUUAAACACAAUCGAAUCUUCAGAAAAUUACUAAAUAAUUGCCCAAUUUAUUUGCAAACUUCCUAAAAUCAAGAGACUCGACAUAAAUGAAGCAAUGUUACCACAUAAAAAUGUCUUUAAUUAAAAACUAAGGAUUUUGCAGCACUGGUGCGUCCUUCAUGGAAAAAUGUGUAAUACUUUAGGUACCUCUGCAUGUUUUAGUGCCAGAGGUUUGAGGAAAACAAAGUACUAGUAAUAAAAUAUAUGCAGCAAAAUGCACGUGCAUAUAUAACCAGGAGGACAUGAGAACAUGCAAUUCAAUUGCCUUCAUUUUACAAGGCAAUCCAAACUGAACUUGAUCCUUGAGAGGAUUGAAGUGAUUACGGACCUGUUUUUAAUCACUGGAAUCCUUACAAAGACAUUCAAGUUCACAGAUGAGCUUUCAAGUCUUUAAGAGGGGAAACCACUUAUGUAAAGAAAUUGUGUGUGUGUGUGUGUGUGUGUGUGUGUGUGUGUGUGUGUGUGUGUGUGUGCGUGCGUGCGUGCGUGCGUGCGUGUGUGUGUCCAGUCUUGUUUAUAGGACACAUUUGGGACAUAUUGAUCUAAGGUUGUGGGGACCAGUAAUUUCACAGAGACCAAAACUCCAAUCAGGUUGUUAAUAGUUUUAGAACCUCUGGUUAAAAAUAGAAGUAAAAUGUGGUUUGAGGUUAGUUUCAUGUUAGAAAUGAACUGAUGAGAGAUAAGGACCAGGUUAAUUAUGUAUAGCUGGAAGUUGCAGUGUCCUGCAUGAUUGUGGGUGGGGGUGCAUGGAAGGGGUCACAGAAUUAUAGGUCAACUGUGCUCACGUUCAAUUCAAUUCAAUUCAAUUAAUCCCAGAGGGAAAUUAGAGUUUCAGUACACACAAUUCUGAGAUCAGACAUACAUACAUCGGCAUAGACACAUGACAAGAAUUGGUGACUGUGGUCAUUCGCAACCCGAGUCGCGCUACCUUAGUAGAGAUCAGAGGGGUUUACAUGAGGAUUGAGUCAGGUGGAGGGAAAAAAAGGCACUUCAGAGUUAAGCUUGGUUUAUGCUUGACACAUUCACUUUCCGCGCGGUGAUGCGGCUCGCGGCUGGAACGUGCUUCACAACUCGCAGCGUUUAUGGUUUGUGCGGCUCGUCUCUGCGGUGAGCCAAUAUUCUCCCAAACUGAACGGGGCAGCAUGGAGCUCUACAGCAUGCAUCCAACACUACACCAUAGUAGAAGUAGAAAUUACUGUUUACAACACGGCAUUUCAGCAUUUUUAACAGCGUUCUCGUCUUUUCCGACAGUGCGAGCUAUUUCUCCCCAAGAAUUAUUUACAACAUGUUGAUCACUGUGAUCUCUGAGAGCUGAAUCAUACAAAUGUCUGUAUUUACGAACCUCUGCCAUACUAGUUCUUGCCGGUCCGCCAUGUUUUUCCGCGUCCGUCCGUCCGCGUGGUUAGAAAUUUUCCGAGGUGCGCGUUGCGGAAAUUCUGGGCCGUGCGGAGGCGCGGUGGAGGGGCGUGGUUGUUAAAAUGACGCAAAAUGACGCUACUUUUCCGCGCGGAGCCGUGCGGACCUCGCGGACGCGUCAAGCAUAAACCAACCUUUACCCUCCACAGGGAGGGCAGCUUUGCUAUGCAAAAAAAAACACCUCAGACAGAAAUGCAACAGACUUCAGACACUACACAACAUCUCCACACAUCAGUGCAUGCAGCCGCGAUAAGCAGCACUCGUCACCUCCGUUUGGACGGGGGAGGAGGUCAUUGGGUUUAGAGAGCACAGUGACUCCUGGAACGAUUCAGCGGCCUUCACAGCUCACAGUCCCGCCCAGGCUGGGAUAGGGAGACAGAGUUGCCAUGGCGACGGCAGCAUUCCACAUUUCUUCUGAGGGGGAGUUAUCACUUCAGCCUCACAGGCUCAAGGGCACCAGAUUCAGAUAAGAACUUGUUUUGGGGCCAGACAGAGAUAAUUUCCUCUCUGUCUUAAAGUUCCGUUGGUCCUCAACCCCUCUCAAUCCAAUAAUGGCGUAAAUUAAUCUAUCCCAAUCCGUGCUGAUCCGUCAACUUUUUCCUUGAUCGAAUCCACCUUCUGUGCCUGAGUCUGAAUCUCAGCCAAAGUUCCAAGCUUACGACUCAUCUCGACAAUUAUAUGAGUUUGUGCAUUCACAGCGCGGUGUAAUCCAUCCCUGAGCUCCGGGAUUGAGCCAAUAUUCCUCGACAGCUCAUUGAUUUUCUGGUAAGCCAGGUCAGGCCAAAAAGCAAGAAACCUGACACCAACACCACAAAUAUCCAUAUGUCUUCAGAAUCCUCUACAGACAGUUGAGAGAGGCAAAUCAGGUUCCACUGUUUCCAGGAGUCCAUGAUAUGCCCAAAUGGCUCUGUCCCAGAGGGGCAUCCGGGAGCCCCUUCUCCCGUUCUCAUUGUUGAAAAAAUGUUGUCAAUCGCGUUGAGAGACCAACUGACCAGGUCCAUUUUUAAUAAUUUCCUGUGUUUACAGAAAAAAUGCAGAAGCGCCGUACACCCAAAGACAGACAAAGAGCCUUGGGAUGAGAUAGGGAGGAGAGGAGGAAAAAAAGUGUCUGUACUCUCCAAGAGCGGGAAGAAGACUGUAAUACCUUGGCAGUGGUCUUUAAUAGGCAUGAAUGCCUUGUAACUGUAAACCCAAACAAGUUCACUGAACUCAAAAUUUAUGAGGAAACUGAUUACAUAAUAAUUUUUAGGUUAACUAAAAACUAUAAGUUCACCAUUACUUAAAAAUAUGACCCGAAUAAAAUCAAAAAGCUCUGGAUUGCCUGUUUGAGGAUCUAGAAGUUAGCUGGAGGAGAACGUGGCAAAACACGGCAGAAUUUGGAGUCUUGUUUCAUGAUACUCAGACAUCUCGCCUCUGAUUGGCUAAUAGCAUCAUGACUCUUCCACUACCUCUGUUUGCAACAUGGAUGUUUUAUCUCCACAAAUAACACAAGCCUGAAGGAAUUCUGCUGUGUGGUGGAGUUGCUAAUGCUAAUAGUUAGCUUAUACUAAUGAGCCGGCAGCCGUCUGCGAAACUGUAGCGUCAACAACAGGUAACAAAACCGUUUCUGUGUUUUAAAAAAGAACGACAACAUGGAAUUAGAAAUAACGCACAGCAAGAACACACCUAAGAUGUUAGCUUCUACUAGCUGAGACCAUCUCUGCUGUUUCCUGGACGCUAAACCAACAACAGCCUUCUCCGUCGUGAGUCAAGAUGGGUGAAUCCAUGAAUGUUAAGUGACGGUGUGACGUAGAUCUGUCAGGAUUUUCUAAUCCUAGAGUUUCACUGACUCAGACAUUAAUGCAGGAGGUAGGUGUAGGAGACUAUUUUCAUGUUCAGCCUGCAUGAAAAACUCAGAGUGACCCACUAUAUUCAGAAAUAAUCAUUAAAAAAAUGUUUUUUCAUUAAAGUUGACCUUUAUGUUUAAAGCUGCUUUAGUGAAUCUGCAAACAAGCUAGGUUUAGAACUCAAACACGGUGACAGAACACUCCCAUCUCCCCUCUGGUAUCUUCCCUGAAACACUUCUGUCGGAACUGGAAACCCACUUUGCCAGAGGAAACAAGAUAGCGCUAAACAUCAGUCCCCCGUUUUCUAGGUCCAAACAUAUUUUGUUGCCUGUGACUUCAAACGUUUUUUUUUUCCUUUUGGGACUCUGGUAGUUUGUCCUAAAGGUAGCAGCCAACUGUUUCUCCUUCUCUGAUAUUGUUGAGCAGCGAGUACAUGAAUGGAGGACGUAGGGAAGUGAGACGGUUCAGCAAGACCAACAAACGGAUUGUCCAAUAGUUGCGUUUGGUCCGAAACGUGUUAUUGGUGAAGGUUUUUAGACAAAUGCAAUAAGAACCAGUUUAUUUAUUUUUUGUUAUUUUUUCAAAUCUCCAUCUCCAUCUAUAGCUAUACUAGGUUUGAAUGUUAAGAAGCAUGUAAAAAUGUUUUAAGCAAAUUAGUUUUCCAAAUUUGCCAUUGCAGCUUUAAAUUAAUAUGCUGAUAAAUAUAAGCACAAUGCAUUUGUGAAUUUGGGUCGAUAGAAGCUUUUAAAAAUUGGUUAGAAAAAAAAGAUAUAACAGGAUAAAACACACAGCAGGUACACAAAACUGAUAUCUAUUGAGUUUCCACCCUUGAUGAACCCACCCACGUGUACCUGUAUACACACAGGUAUACAUUACUUCCUGUGUCCCUAGAGUUCUCUGCUUAACGAACUACUGAGGAAGGCUAAACCGCAGGGAAGAUGCUUUCUCAGCAUAUACAGUAUCUGAGUCGGACUUAAAAAGGUUAUUUAACUGUAAACUUUUAUGAAAAUCGUGAUAUAAGAAUAUUUAUUCCCGUACACUGCCACACACACACACACACACACACACACACACACACACACACACACACACACACACACACACACACACACACACACACACACACACACACACACACACACACACACACACACACACACACACACACACACACACCAAACCUGCCUUUUGUUAUCCACAUUCAGGGCAACAUCAGUGUCAGACAAGCAGUGGUGCUGCAUUACGUGCUGAAAGAAUAACAGCUUCUUGUCUCCUGACAACAGCAGCCGUCUCCUCUGCGCUGGAGUCUCUUUUCACUGUGCUCCUCUGAGGGACAUAAAUUGAUCUGACCUGAUAGCAACAUCAUGUCAUCUCAUGAACAGGAACGUGGUGUUGCACGCAGCAUUCUAAGAUGACAACAAGCGCAUGACACAGAUCUUUUUUCAGGGGCCAAGUCUGUGGAGAGUUUUGAUUAUGUGGAGUUUCCCCAGAGCUCUGAAGCUCUUUGAGACAAAGAAAAAAAAAUUCAAGAAUCUGAAGUAUUCUCCUCUUUCUAAAUAUGCCAGAUCGAACACAGAAAAAGGAAUGUUGGCCAGAAACUGGAAUAUUGUUCUCAGUAGUGCGUGUUGAGAAGUCAUCAAAAAUAUAUAUACUUUAAAGGUGCAGUAUGAAAGAAUACAGUGGGGCAAAAAAGUAUUUAGUCAGCCACCGAUUGUGCAAGUUCUUCCACUUAAAAUGAUGACAGAUGUCAGUAAUUUACAGUACAUCAUAGGUACACUUCAACUGUGAGAGACAGAAUGUGAAAAAAAAAUCCAUGAAUUCACAUGGCAGGAUUUUUAAAAAUUUAUUUGUAAAUCAAGGUGGAAAAAUAAGUAUUUGUUCACUUCAAACAAGGAAAAUCUCUGGCUCUCACAGACCUGUAACGUCUUCUUUAAGAAGCUUUUCUGUCCUCCACUCGUUACCUGUAUUAAUGGCACCUGUUUGAACUCAUUAUCUGUAUAAAAGACACCUGUCCACAGCCUCAAACAGCCAGACUCCAAACUCCACUAUGGCCAAGACCAAAGAGCUUUCGAAGGAUACCAGGAAAAGAAUUGUAGACCUGCACCAGACUGGGAAGAGUGAAUCUACAAUAGGCAAGCAGCUUGGUGUGAAAAAAUCAACUGUGGGAGCAAUGAUCAGAAAAUGGAAGACAUACAAGACCACUGAUAAUCUCCCU